AAAUGCAUAAAGGUUGAGUUAGAGAUACAAUUAAAAAUCAAAAUUUAUUGACAAUUUAAAAAAAUGGAGAGCACCCGGGUUUCGACAAGGAGCGCGGCAACAAGGAAAGACAGUGGCUACAGACAGCAGCAAGGAUACAAGAAUGGUUUUGCAAGUGGCUACCGACAACGACAAGGAUACAGGAAUGGUUUUGCAGGUUAUAACGCACAGUCCUUCGGAGGGUCAACGACAUUCUUCUUUAAUAACUUCCCAGAGGAAUUGGAGGCAAAAUUUCUAUGGAACAGCUUUCAGAUGUACGGCAAGGUUGUUGAUGUGUAUCUUCCGAGAAAACGUGAUAAGAGAGGGAAGAGGUAUGGUUUUGUGCGGCUAACAGGGGUCAAGGAUGAGAUUCAAAUGGAGAUGAGGUUGAAUGAGAUUUGGAUUGGCUCGUAUAAAAUGAGAGUGAAGAUUGCAAAUGACAAACAGAGGAAAACAUCAACGCCCAAGAAGGUUCAAGGCGUGCCUAAAGUUAAUGGAUCAACAUGCAGCAUGAAUAGAUUGGUCCAACUAGGGCAUUCAUACGCACAAGCAGUGAAGGGACAAGGAAAAAAGGCAGAUAAGGUAUCAGAACACCUUCAGGAAAAGGAAAAAGAAGCAGCCCCGAAAAAGGAAGUUGUCAAAACAUGGUUACAAGAAAAUAUGGAUGUAGAAAAAACAGAGGAGACUAUUGAAUUCACCCCAACGAGAGAAGAGCUGCAAUGGCUUGAGGGUGGCAUGGUGGCAGUGGUGAGGUCAAUGGCGCUGGUGUCUGAGAUUCAAGAGCAAAUGGACGCUGAUGGAGGCUCAAUCUCGUUAUCACCAAUUGGGGGAAGACAGGUGUUACUAACUGAAAGAGUUGCAGGGUUUUUAUCCGAUUAUAUAAAGCAUAAUCAAGAGUUGUUUGGAUUGUGGUUUGAGUCUAUAAAACCAUGGGAGAUGCCACAAGAGAAGAAAAGCCGAAUGAUGUGGGUGUGCAUAUCGAGAGUGCCAUUAAAGGCAUGGGGUGAGAGGUGUUUUCAGAUGAUAGGCGAGACAAUCGGAGAAGUUUUGAUGGUUCAUGAGGAUACAAAGAAGAAAUCAAUCUUAUGGGAUGGGAGAGUACUGAUUUUAUGCUCGGAUUCUAGUAAAAUCUCAAAACAAAUUAAGUUGAAGGUGGAAGAGCAGGUGUGCGAGAUAGAGAUAGUUGAAGAGGAGUGGCGCUCCAAUCCAGAUUGGUGGCUAUCAAAGAAUGACCGGAGAAGUGACCUGGAAACGGAGUCCGAUUACUCAAACUCGUGGUGUCAGAAUGAGUAUCAAGAACUGGAUAUGGAUGUGAUUGGCAACGACGAAGAUACAAGUAACGGGUCAGAGCAUUUAAUGAAGGAUUUGGUUUCAAUUUCAAAUCCAAAGAAGGCAACGGUAACGGAGAGCUGUAAUCAAAUUGUGCAAGAGACAGAGUUAGAAGGGGAUGCAAGCUUUGGGCUGCCCAAGGAAAUUGGGCCACAAAGAUUGAGUUGUGUUGGGCCAGAAGAAAACAGUGGGCCGACUAAUAGGAUGGGCUGGGGACAGAUCAAGGAAAUGAGCAUAGAGGAGCCCAUUUUAAAUGCUCAAAACCAGAUGGAUUCAACGUCAAUACAGAAAUCGAAAAACUCAAAAAAAGGGAGAAAAAAACAGAGGCUUCUCAAAGAAUGUUAUCCAGAGAGCAUGGAGGAGAUCUGGGCAAAAGCAGCAUCGAGAGUAACACCAAGAAUAAGACAGCGACAAGAACGGAGAGAGGGAAUUGGCCAAGCUGGGGAUGAAAAGGUAUGCAACGCUGUUGCUGUUUCUAUUUCAGAUGGUUGUAUUGAAAAUAGAAAUAAGGGUGGGACGCUGAAAAAGAAGGAAGUGAGAAGGUUGGUUACUGAAGAGAAGCCCGAUUUUCUGUUCCUGCAAGAAACAAAGUUAGAAAAGGUGGAUGUAGAUAUUUGUAGCCAGUUAUGGAAUUCAGAUGAGUUAGAUUGGGUUACGAAGGGCUCUGCUGGAGCUUCAAGGGGUUUACUAUGUAUAUGGGACAAACGACGCUUUAUUAAGAGGGAAGAAUUCAUUGGAGAUGGAUUCGUGGGAAUUUCAGGGGAAUGGGGAGCAAAUAAACAGCAGUAUUCUUUAAUAAACGUGUAUGGUCCAAAGGAUAGACAGAAAAAGGCUAGUUUGUGGGAGGAGUUGAGGAGAAUGGUGACAGACAAGAAGGGAUGUUGGUUAAUAGCAGGGGACUUUAAUGCACAAGGAUUGCCAAGGAAUAUCUCUGAUCAUUGCGCAAUUGUGUUGAAGUCCAGAUCAGCAGAUUGGGGACCAAGACCUUUCCGGGUUUUGGACGCAUGGCAACAACAUCCAGAUUUCAAGAGGUUUGUAGAAGAUAAAUGGAGUGAGAUGGAGGUGGAGGGUUUUGCAGGGUAUAAAUGCCAACAAAAGCUGAAAUUGCUCAAAGGAUUCUUAAAAGGUUGGAACAAGGAAGUCUUUGGGAACAUGGAAGCUCAAUAUGAGCAAGCUGUAAAAAAGAUUGAGCAUGCUGAUAUGCAGAAUGAGAUAUCUGAUCUCGAAGAUGCUGAGAUUGUGAAGAGGCAAGAAGGCUUUUCUGAGAUAUGGGAUGUUUUGAGAAAGAAGGAACUUAUUUGGAAGCAGAAAUCAAGAAGUAAAUGGGUGCGUGAGAGAGAUGCAAACACCCAUUUUUUUCAUAGAGUCGCAAAAGGAAGAAGGGCACAUAAUAAUAUUGCGGGCUUAAUGUAUGAAAGGGCAUGGAUUGAUGAUCCAAAUUUAGUAAAAAAUGAGGUCUGCAGAUAUUUUAGAAGCCUGUUUCAAGGAGAGUCAUGGAAUAGACCCAAGCCUGGGGAUAUUAGAUUCCAGCAGAUCUCUGAGGAGAAAAACAAUUGGCUAGAAAGACCUUUUUCAGUUGAAGAAAUCGAGGAAGGGUUAAGGAGCUAUGAUGGUUCAAAGGCACCAGGACCUGAUGGGUACAAUUUCAACUUCCUUAAAUUUGCGUGGCACUGCAUAAAGGAGGACUUCAUCAACUUUUUUUCUGAAUUCCAUCGUAAUGGUAAAUUGGUGAGGGGACUAAAUUCUUCUUUUAUAGCCCUGAUUCCUAAAAAGUUGAAUGCUGGGGGACUAAAGGAUUAUAGACCCAUUAGCUUGAUAGGAUGUGUCUAUAAAUUAUUAGCGAAGGUGCUGGCAAAUAGAUUGAAAUCUGUGGUAGCAGAAAUAGUGAGUGAAACGCAAUCAGCCUUUGUGGGAGGCCGUCAGUUGGUGGAUAGUGUCUUGGUGCUGAAUGAAGUUGUGGAUGAAAUUAAGACGAAGAAACAGCCAGCUUUUGUUUUCAAAGCAGAUUUUGAAAAGGCAUACGAUUGCGUAGAUUGGUCCUUUUUGGAUUGGAUGAUGGAGAGUCUAAGCUUUGGAACAAAGUGGAGAGGCUGGAUUAGGGAAUGUCUUUCAACUACGAGAAUCUCGGUCCUGGUAAACGGAAGCCCGACAAAGGAAUUUGAGAUGGGUAAAGGUUUGAGACAAGGUGACCCUCUAUCUCCUUUUCUCGUUUUGAUGAUUGCAGAGGGGUUACAAGGUCUGGUACAGAGAGCAGUAAAGGAAGGAAUGUUGCAUGGGAUUGAGAUUGGAAAGAAAGGUCUGUCCGUGUCGUUGCUCCAAUUUGCUGAUGAUACAAUUAUUAUGGGCAGAGCGGAUACUGAGAAUAUACGUAUGGUGAAGGACAUCCUAAAAUGGUUUGAGCUUAUGUCGGGAUUGAGGAUUAACUUUAGCAAGAGCAGUGUUUUCGGUUAUAAUGUGUCAGAGAAAUGGCUUAAAGGUUCAGCGGGUAUGUUACAUUGUAGGGUUGGUAAAGCACAUUUUCUUUAUCUGGGAUUGCCUGCUAACGAAAAAUUUGGGAACAAGAAAUUAUGGGAGCUGGUUGUAAAUAAAUUCCGUGCCAAACUCGCUGUCUGGAAGGCCGCUACUCUUUCCUUUGAAGGCCGCCUCAUCUUGCUAAACUCGGUACUCUCUACACUACCUAUAUUUUAUAUGUCUUUAUAUUUAUUACCAAAUUCUGUGCUUGAGGAGUUGAUUAGAAUUCAAAGGAAUUUUUUAUGGGGCGGGACAGGGUCAAAUAAGAAGAUUUCAUGGGUUAAAUGGGAAUAUGUGGGUCGUGCUAAAGCCAAGGAGGGUCUUGGGGUGCCAAAUUUACAAAGAAAAAAUUGGGCAAUGCUAGGAAAGUGGUGGUAUAGGUUAGGUGACGGGGUCGAGAGUUUAUGGAAAAGGGUGGUGAGGGAGAAAUAUUAUGGUGGUAGGGAGGAGGUCGAUAUUACUACAAUUGAGUGUUUAAGGGUGUCAAAGCUUUGGAGGGACAUUAUUAGGAUAGGGGGUCUGUCUCUCAAACUUAGGAACAUGCUAGUUAAGGGUUUCAAGUGGGAGGUGGGUGAAGGAAAUAAAGUGGAUUUUUGGAUUGAUAGGUGGGUUGGAGAUAAAAGUCUUAAGGAUCUUUUUCCAAGGUUAUUUGCAUUAUCUGUAAAGAAGGAGGGCAAGGUUUAUGAAAUGGGGACUUGGGAAGAGGGUAGAUGGCGUUGGAGGGUGGAGUGGAGGAGGGGUACAAUAGGGCGAGAGAAAGAUGAGGAGGAGUUGCUGGAGAAGGUGCUGGAGGGGGUCAAACUAAAGGAGGGGGCUGGGGAUGUUUGGAAGUGAGUCCAUGUGAUGGAUGGCCAAUAUGUGGUGAAGCUAGCGUAUGAUUUUUUAGCUUCUACGGAGAGGGCUUUGGAGGACCAGAUGUGCAAACUAAUAGGGUGCAGGUUGGUGCCCUCCAAAGUGGCUUUUUUUGGGUGGCGAUUGUGUUUAGAUAGACUCCCAACAAAGAAUAACUUGCAAAAACGAGGGAUAUUGUUGCAGGAGGGGGUAUUUUGUGAAUACUGUAAUGGGAAGGUGGAGGAAGUUAAUCAUUUAUUUUGCUUAUGUUAUAAUGCGUGGUUAGCUUCGACUCAGGUGUUGAGUUGGUGGGGCUUGGAGUCUGUUCUGCCUAAUACAGUUGUGGGAUUGGC